AAAUUUUUCCAAGGGAUUCCAGUCUAAAAGACAAGUUCAUAAAACAUUUUACAGGGCCAGUCACAUUUUCAUCAGAGUGUAGCAAGCACUUCCAUCGACUGUAUCACAACACAAGGGACUGCUCAACGCCAGCCUAUUAUAAAAGGUGUGCAAGGUUGCUAACAAGAUUAGCUAUGAGCCCUUUGUGUACGCAGUCCUAG